AUGACGCAUAUCCUAUUUAGUGCUACGUGUAAAUAUUGGAAAUAUAUUAGGUUUCAUAGAUUUUUACAAAAUAUGAGCCAUUCUCCAAGAGUAUUAUCAAUCCAGAGUCAUGUGGUUUCUGGAUAUGUUGGGAAUAAAAGUGCUGUUUUUCCAAUGCAAUUACUUGGCCUUGAGGUAGAUUUCAUCAAUUCUGUUCAGCUUUCUACCCAUACAGGCUACAAAAAUGUGAAAGGGCAAAUUCUUUCUGAAAAGGAUUUGGCUGAUUUGAUAGAGGGACUUACAUUAAAUGAUAUUGAUUUCUAUUCUCACCUUCUAACUGGGUAUAUUGGAUCAAAGUCAUUCCUGAAACAAGUAGCCACAGUGGUGAAGCAUUUGAAACAGAAAAACCCAAAUCUCAUAUAUGUUUGUGAUCCAGUGUUAGGGGACAAUGGUAAACUUUAUGUACCUGAAGAUCUAGUUGAAGUCUACAAGACUUCAGUGCUCUCAUUGGCUGAUAUCAUAACUCCAAAUCUCUUUGAAGCUGAGCUAUUGACAGACAUUAAAAUUACAGAUGUAGACCAUGUGUGGAAAGCUAUUGAUGUUUUGCACUCAAAAGGUUGCAAUACUGUCAUCAUAUCCUCUGCAGAAAUCUCCCAAAACCCAAAUUCCUUGUCAGUUUAUGCAAGCAGUAGAACAGGUAAAGUACAAAAAUUAUCCAUGGAAUUGAAGAAAAUUCCAUGGAACUUCACAGGGACUGGUGACUUAUUUGCUGCUUUAAUUUUAUCAUGGAUGCAUAAAAGUUCAAAUGAUUUGAAACAGUCUUUAGAGAACACUAUUGCUACCCUACAAGCUAUUUUGAAACGAACAGUUGACAGUAUUAACUGUGGAGGUGAUCAAAUAGUGACUCCACAACAAAAGGAAUUGAAGCUUGUGCAGAGCAAAGAUGAUAUUGAAAGACCAAAGAUUACUUACAAAGCUAUAAUUGUGGAGUGA